AUGGACAUUCCAAGCACAAGUAAAGGCAAUCCUGCUAAAGCAUACCGAAAUAAGAGAGUACGUGCGGACGAUAAAGAUUUCGAAGAAAAAGUUAUGAAAUGGUAUAUGGAAAGAGAUAGUGAAUUCGAAGAUGUUGACGAUUCUAAUAGUGAUCCAGAUUAUAUUAUGACAGAUAAAGGCGAUGAAGAGAUUGAAGAAGAGACAAAUACUAAAAACAAUCAAAGAAAUAAAAAUGUUAGUGAAAAUACCUCGGAAAAUAGUGAUCAGGAAUGCGACCUUUUGGAAACAAUUCAAGAAAUCGUUGCCAUGGAUAACAAUGAUGACGUAGAGAACGGGCAAUUUUUCAUCGAAAAAAAUAACAAAAUAGAUUUUGUAUGGAGUAAGCAUCCACCACCUGCAACCAGAGGAGUACCAAGUCAUAAUAUAAUUAGACAGAUAACUGGACUGACGCGGAAGGCUAAUAAUUUAGGCAAUCCAACUAUACCUGAAAUCUGGAAGUGCCUGUUUGACCAACAAAUGAUUAUUAUAAGGAUAGACUCAUUAUUUUCAACAGGUGAGUACCGAAGAAAAACUGAAAAAAAGAAAAGAUACAAAAUACAGUUAAUCCCGGCUUAA